AUGGAAACCUUCGGCUCUGCUAUGCAGCCAGACUCACUCAGGAAACUGACUCCACCUGUGCAGUUAGAAGGAACAGCUCAGAAUAUCUCCAUUAAAAUGGAUCAUUCUGGAACUGAAGACAUAGAUAAACCAAGAAUCAAAACAACCGAAAAUAAUGCAAACACAUAUAAACUAUCAACCAUGAGAUGAAUAUUUGAGUUGGCGAAGCAUCAAACAAAAAGGUCGGCAUUUGCCUGAUCUAAAGCUCAAGUCUGUCCACAGGAAUCCAUGAAGCAGAUUAUAGCUAGUCUUCAAGCUUACUAUAGACUGAGAGUGUGUCAGGAAGCAGUAUGGGAAACAUAUAGGGUCUUUCUGGAUCAAAUCCCUGACACAGGGGUAUACCAGAUCUGGGUCAUUAUCUGCAAGCAGGAGCCUUUCUCUUUUGACAUUGGGAAGAAUUUCAGCAAUUCCCAAGAGCACCGGCAUCUUCUUCAACAAUGGAGAAUACAACAGAGAGAUGUUCCCAAUGUCUCACUUGGACCCUCUCCUCUCACUCCUGACAACACGUUCCUCAGUGACAUCAAGAUGCCUACAACAGUAAGUUCAAGAGAGAUGUGCCUUACAGCCAUCUUUAAGGAAGACAAGGCAGGAACAAAAAUCCCUACAUGUGACCUCCUGUCUUUUGAUUCCAACAAAAUUAAAAGUGAAGGAGUCAUUCAUGGACUAAUAGACAAAGACACGCAAUCAGAACUCUCUCUCUCUCUCUCCCUCUCACACAUGUCCUUCUCCAACAACUUGUUCAACAAGAGCUCUCUAGAGUACCAAGAUCUGGAGCAAUGAUUCACACAGCUGCUGGUCCCAUAUCUACAAUCCAAUCUUACAGGAUUUAAGCAACUGGAAAUACUUAGCUUCAGAAAUGGGAGUGUGACCAUGAAUAGCAAAGUGAGGUUUGCUAGGUGUGUGCCAUGUAACCUCACCAAAGCUGUUCAUGGUGUCUUGGAAGAUUUUUGUACGGUGGCAGUCCAACAAUUUGAUCUAGAAAUUGACAGCUACUCUCUUAACAUUGAACCAGGUUUAAAAAAUAUCCAAAUGGAAAGCUGGUAA